AUGGACCCCACAGUCACUGUCCUGCUGUCCAUUGACAUGCAUUCCCUGGAUGAGAAGGGAGGGACACAGGGGACCCUGAAAUGGACGUUUGGGGUGACUCACGGGGAGGCUUCAGAAUCCAAAGGUGAGACAAACACUGGGGUCCGAGGAAUCCCUAGAAACAUGGACUCUGUUUCCUUCUCAGCCACCCUCCCCAGGCCCACCCUCUGGGCUGUCCCCGGUCCUGUGGUCCCCAAGGGUGCAAAUGUGACCCUCAGGUGCCAGGGCCCCCUGGGGAGUGACAGGUUCCAGCUGUGGAAGGAUGGAGAGCUCAGAGAAGAGAGAAAUGCAUCCUGGGAGCUGGCAGAGUUUGUGCUCAGGCAGGUGAAUGAUGUGACAGAUGCGAGAAGCUACAGGUGCCGCUCUGGGCAGGGGCCCUGGUGGUCAGAGCUCAGUGAACCCUUGGCCCUGGUGGUGACAGGACCUCUCCCCAGGCCCACUCUCUGGGCCCAACCUGGCCUUGUGGUGAAUACAGGGGCCAACGUCACCCUGUGGUGCUCAAGGCCCAAGCUGCCUUCCCUUGAAGGGGUGACUUUCACUCUGUGGAAGGCUGGGACCCGGGAGCCCUUAAGGCAGCAGAGCUCGGCAGAGCCCUGGACUAGCUUCCUCCUCCCUUCUGUGAGACCCCAGGACACUGGGAGCUACAGCUGUGCUUACAGGGAGGGGAGAGCCCCUGCCAGAGGAUCAGAACCCAGUGAGGCCCUGGAGCUGGUGGUGCCAGGUUCUCUUCCCAAGCCUUUCCUCUCAGUCUGGCCUGGCCCAGAGGUGACAUCAGGGUCUGAUGUGACCCUCCUGUGCUGGGGGCCCUCAAGAGCUACUAGGUUUAUUCUCUACAAGGAGGGAGAUGAGAAAGACCUGACAAACACGGAUGCCUCUCAAAAUGAGUCCAAAUUCUUCCUGACUCAUGUGACCCCCAAGGAUUCUGGUAGUUACAGCUGCCAAUACCAGCUUGUCACCAAUGGAAGUCUCCUGACCCAACACAGUGACCCCCUGGAGCUCAUAGUGAGAGGUGCGUUUACCUCCUCCUCCUCCUCCUCUGCCUUCUUUUGCUGCUAUUCCUGUGUCAUGGAUACAGGCCUAUGGGGUCUUUACAAGGAGGCAGCCCUAGGAGCCGCCCCUGUGGCCCUUGUCUUCCUUGGAAUCUGCCCAGUCAGCCUGCGGCCCCCAGAGAGGAAGCCCUGUGUCUCCAUGGCUGAAGUGACCCACACUCAGCUGAACCUAAGAACCUUGAAUAAGAAAAAACCUCACCCUCAGGAGAAAGCCACACAGCCCUCUCUCUACGCUACUGUGUACUUGGACUAA